CUUUCAACGGUGACGUGCAUAUUCAUGCGCGCGGCCGAAACUGUACUCGUGUGCUCGCCCCCCUGGCUUGGUGAAAGUCGGUGUGCAUUUGGUGAAUAUAGCACUACGUUCAGUCCGUCUCUGUGAAUCGGUAAACACUUGACAGCAGAUAUGUCCAAAUCGGAACAGAUCUUAAUUCUUGAUCCACCGACUGAUCUCAAAUUUAAAGGUCCCUUCACAGAUGUCGUGACCACAAACCUCAAGCUAAAGAACCCCUCAGACAAACGAGUAUGCUUCAAAGUGAAGACCACUGCACCUCGGCGGUACUGUGUACGGCCAAACAGCGGCAUCAUCGACCCAGGAGCCUCCGUCACCGUCUCAGUAAUGCUGCAGCCGUUUGACUACGAUCCAAAUGAAAAAAGUAAACACAAAUUCAUGGUGCAGACCAUCUUCGCACCCUCCGGUGUCACAGACCUCGAAGGAAUGUGGAAAGAUGCGAAACCGGACGAGCUGAUGGACUCCAAGCUGCGAUGUGUGUUUGAGAUGCCUUCCGAAAACGAUAAAGUGAACCUCCGGAGCAGGCAGAUAGGGAUGAGCACCCCCCAGUACACCCCCCGGGUCCCCAGGCAGCCGGGCGAGCGUGUCGCCAUGACACCGGGAGACUUCUACACCCCGAUGGGCCGCAAGGCCUGCGGCGAGCCCGAGGAGUGGGGAGACGUCCCCGACAUGGCUCAGGCAGCUAGAGGCAGCAAGGGCAGGAAGUGGAAGAAUGACGUGGACGCGAGCAGCAAGUCGGCGCCCUCCCUCCACGUGUCCAAGUCAGACGGCACGUCGGCCCAAGCCAAGCCCGCCAGCUCGUCCCUGGAUGACACGGAGAAGAAGAAGCUGCUGGAGGAGUGCAAGAGGCUGCAGUCCGAAGUGGCCCGCAUGGCGGACGAAAACCGGCAACUCAAGGACGAGGGUCUGAGACAGCGGAAGGCUCUGCGGCCCGACAACAUGGUAUCAAACUCAGGAGGCAUGAUGAGCAAGCAACAGAGCGCCAGCUCCCUGCCCUCGCUACUCGUCGUCAUCGCAGCCAUCUUCAUCGGAUUCUUCCUGGGGAAGUUCAUCUUGUAGAUAACGAUGCGAUGAGCAAGAAAGGCCGAACUACAACCAUCUGUCCUCUUACUGCACCCUCCUCCACUCCCACCUCCUCCCUCCUCCAUCCCACCCUCCCUCUCUAAACCCUUCUCCCCUCCUCUUCCCGAAACACCUUAUCCCCUGUGUCUCCCAAGCCUGGAGGGGGUAACGAAAAAAACGAAGAAUCGACGAAAAAAACACACCACGUGCGUUCAGCCAUUCAGCCCUUAGUCAUCUGUGGUUACGUGGUCUGCUGUGGUUCACAUACACAGAAACAAACACAUAUGCACUCGUACACAUACACACUCACUCACUUACAGACAUGCAUAACAUGCACACUCUUAUGUACAAAAUCAUCCAACGGACCAUACCUCCUUCUCCUCUUCCAUGUCACACGGUUAUUAAACAGAGAAGUGCAUAUACACACGCAGACAAAAACACGCACAUGUACAUGCGUUCUCACAGAUGAGCAGAAUGAAGUUUAUCUUUUUUUUUCUUCUUUUUUUUUUUCUCUCCUCGGUUUCGUUUUGUUUUAAUCUACCUUUUUCGUUUUGUGGUGCGGGAUUGGGUUAUCAAGGGCUGGGUCGGAUUGAGCAAAGAACGGUAAACAAAAAAAUCUUCCAUCUGUCACGGCAUUCGUAGCAGUGUAUGGGCGAGGCACUGUGUAAGAGACCUUGGUGGGUAAAUUCACAGACACAAUAAAUAAUAAAUUUGAAUUGUUCUAUCUUUCUCACCCUCUCUCUCUCUCUCUUUCUGUGGUUUUAAUGAGAGUGGCACAGAAUGUUUUAAGUGUCUUGUACAUGUUAUUUUAAUCUGUUGAAGAAAUGAUAAACCAGUACUCAAAAGACAUACAUGUAUAAGACUUUACUUCACGUUGCUCUAUGGGGUUUGACAUCAAAACUACUCCAGUAAGUUCUGAAAAUGUUUAUUUUUCUCAAUGAAUGUUAAAGCUCCACCUUGAAAUGGGUGCCUCUUCCUCUGUACAAUUUAUUUUUCUGAUACUACACAGAAGCAAAAAAACAGGCUUCCAGAUAUUGUUUGUUCUCUUUUAAAGUUGUCCUUGCAUAAAUUGAGAUAUCCUGACCUGUGUGAGGCAAAUGUUGACUGAAGAACUCCAUGCUUUACAAUCCUGUCCCAUGGUAUUUAACAUGAAAUAAGAUUAAAUAAAAAUAUCUAACAUUCUUUAA